GGUGCGCUGAAGUAUCGAGAGUUUGUAUCCCACACGAGUAGCGGUUUGGACUAGACUGAGAAGAAAGCGAGGGAUAAAGAGCCACCAGAUAAUGGACAUGUUUGCAAGAAUAUUCAACAACGUCUUGCCAGCUAAAAAGCAACCCGUUCCCAAGGAGACGGCUACUUUAGAGAGAAAGUCCAAGAGGUUGAUAGCUCAAGACGGCUGGUCUCCACCUCCAUUUGACUCGUCCUGUGUCAGGCUUGUCUUGUAUCAGGAUCACGAGGGACGAGGAAAGAAGCAAAUAUUUGACACGAAAGCUCACCAAGCAUCAACGAGCAGCAACCAGGAUAUAUCUGAAAGCAACGUUCACUUAUCAAUCAAUUCCUCUUUAACUAGAAGUUAUCGUAAUGAUGAUUGUACACACGAGAUGUGUAACAGUCUAACCUCAAGUAUCACAAGUAGCCUUGGGAACAGUUACAGGUCAAAGUCUAAUCUUACAAGACGUCCAAGCUCUGAUUCAGAGCUCCUAGGUGAAAUGAUGUUUGGUUCAAUGCCAAUGAAGUUAAUGGGGAAUUCAGUUAAGAUACAUUACAUAAGGUCAGAGGAGCAGCUCAUGGUAACCAAGGUGUUCUUUGCUCAGAAGAGGAUGCUCUCCAGUUGCAGUUUGAACGAUUUCUCUGAGAGCUGUCCUCUACCUGGUGACCCAGGACUGAUACCAAAGCAGCAGACGCCAUCAACUCAACAGAAUAACUUCCACUGCUCACUAAGACCACCUUCAUCUUCACCUGAUUCCAGACAAGGCUUAAGUCAGUCCUAUUUCUCUCCUGGUCACUCACCAACUGCUUCACUUCCUACAGGCAGCACCUCCCUGGCUAACAGUGGGAACUUUGACUAUUCUCCAACUCACUCUCUCAGUAUUGGUGUCCCUAGUAGUCUUACCUCAAGUUUGACUAGACGCAUACAAAGAGUGAGAUCAACUAGUUUAGAGAAUGGAUCAGAGCUGUACUAUAGGAUACUUAAACCAAUGGACCAGUCAACCGGAAGUCGAAGAGGAAGAAAGUAUGCCAUUGGUGUUGUGUUUUCACUUCAUAACAUGAAGCCAGCUGAAAGAGAACAAUUCCAGGAGUUCUUUUUCUCUCAUUUCAAUCUCAUCAGUUCAAGCCUUGAGCAGUUGAGGGAGAGGGUAGAGGAGACACUCUGGGGAAGGAGACAAGCACUGGCUGAGAUUGUAAUGAAAGCAUACGAGAGCUUUGUGGACAGUUUUAAAUCACUUUACUGUGCUCAGAGAAUCAAAGCUCCAGUUUGGCUAGAGAUAGUUGGUGGUGCUAGCAACAAACGUGAGAUUUGCUGUCGUUUUCUCUCAACGCUGAAAUCACUUACGAUACAACUUGAAACAAAAGAGUCAAAAUAUUUCCUAUCCUCGCUCCUCACUGCUGUAUUGAGCUAUCAUUUAGCAUGGGUAUAUACUGUUAGUAAGAGUAGCUCAAUGGCCACUUCAAGGCAUCAUGACAAAAUGGCUUCAAAAUCGCUGGCAGUUCUUGCCGAAACACACCCAUACAAUCCUCUGUGGGCUCAAUUUGGUGAUUUAUGUGGUGCAGUCUCUGAUCCUCUUACAAUAUCCCGUACAGUGGUCGUUGGUAAAUCAGCCUCGCUGGUCUGCCGGCUACUCUACCUUCUCUCCUACUUCAUACGUUGCUCUGAGAUUGAGGAGCAAGGACUCUUCAAGAGCUUCAUGGAGUCUCAGUUCAAUUUCGACGAGUUAGAAGAGAGUGACAUCUUUCCCGACUCCCGCGACGGCUCGUCUCUGACCCUCCUCAGUGAGAGUGGGAGGAGUUCAGUUCCUACCAUGUCUAGCAGUUUGGAGAGGGUGGAGAAAGCCCCGCUGGUGAAGCCACACCCUUUUAGUAUUGGAGGGCGUGGGAACAGCAUCUCUCGGGCGUCCAGUUACGGGAGUUCCUUGAACCAGAGCUCAAUGACUCUCUCUUGUGGUAGUCUGGACGGACUGACAUCUUGCACUACGACUCCUCUACAGGUACCCAAGCCAAUACUGAGACACGUCACUGAUAGCAAUAGCGUCUGUCAGUCGGUCCCUGCUGGAAUGCUCAGUAAUUCUAGCUACAUGGGGAGACAGCACUCCGCCAAAGAGAAGAGUAGUCUGACCCCAUUCACAUGUGUACCAACUCACUCGACAUACAGCACUGGGGUUGUGACUAACUUGCAAAGAAGAGGAGGAGAGAGCAGUAUGACUUCUCCUCUACUGAAUGGGUAUAAGAUCAACACUAGUGGAGGGAAGGGAGGAGGGUGUGAGUGUGCCGAUUGCUCCUCUGGUCAGUCCAGCCUAUACAGUGUAUGUCCUGUUGAUACUAAUAGGAUACUGUGGAGGCCCAGACGAGGGAGCAGGGGGGCAGAGAGAAGACUGGGUGCUUCCUCUCCUUUACUCAACAAUGACUGGAGGACUAGGAGCUAUGACGGGCACAAUAAAGUAAACUCUAGCCUGAGGAGUUUCCCCGAGAAAGAGUCUCCGGGAAGCAAGCUAUUGAGUGAGUCCAGUACAGACUCGCUCUCCACAGGUUAUCACACCACUAACAUCUCACGUAAUCCCUCAGGUACUUCCAUUGGCCUCAGCCAACAGCCCCCGGCUCAGUCCAGACUAUCGAAGAGACAGGGGACCUGCAGUAGCUUUGACUCUGGUGUGUUUGAGCACACAUCAAUACUUACAACCGACAGUGAGAGACUCACUGAUUUUGAUAGUCUACAGAUGAGCAAUGGGUCUAGUUUCAGGGCAGGUAGUAGGACAGAGUCUUCUUACCCUCAGCAAUCAUCCAGCAUGUCACUAGCUGCUACAGGAGCUUAUCCUGGCAAUGACUCCAUCCCAAGCACUGGUAGAUACUGUCCUGGUGCAUUCUCAUUUACUCCUAGUCAUUACCAGCCUGCCGGUAGUAAUGAAUUAGGUUUAUCCUCUCCAUUGGCUGGCACAGAAGACCAAGAGACCCCAGUGAACCAGUCAAGUUUACUGAGGGUUGAUGAUGCUCAUGUGUUCAGUCAGUCUUAUGACAGCCAGCAGAGGAAGAAGCCCUCAAUAAUGCUGCCCAGUAGUGGGACAACAACUGAUGCUUCAUCUCAACUCACCUCCAAUCCUUCCUCUCUGCCUCAGGGACAGCCUUUCUCUUCUGGUGGUUUAAAGUGUGCUAGUUCUCCUGCUCUUAGUUCAAUGGCUGGUCCUCCUCCAGUUAUAAUACAAUCCUCUGAUGACAAUCCUGGCUCCAGUAUCCCCAGGAACAACAGUUAUAAAGGACUCCCUCUUAUUGACUGUCCUGAGCUACAGGAUCAACUCUCGCCGUCAUCAAAUCAUUUAAAUGUUGCAGAGAUUAAUGUUGAAGAAAGUCUCUCCGCCCGUAGUCUGUCAUAUCUAUCAAUGUCUUCAUUUGGUAAUGGAGCAGCUAAUGGUCUCCUUUCAGCUAAUAAUGAUAGACUGGAAAAACAGUUUAAGGACUUCUCUGAGAUCGACAUUCAAAAUCUUGAUGAAGACAUUGGUUCCGAACUACCUUUGCUCUCUCCUCCCCCCACCCUCCCUUCGUCCCACCCUGCUUCAGCUAGCUCAACCCCACGCAUGACCUAUCUCUCUAAGACUCCUCCUACCUCAAGCAUACACUCCUCCUCUUCACUAGGAGGAGUGAGUGCUCUUGGAAGAGGAGGAGUAUUAGGAGGAGGAGGGGGUGAGCUCUCUGAUUUCGGUCACUCUCUGAUGGCUGGUCACAGUGAACGGUAUAUGCCUCAUUUUGUGUUACACGGUACUAGUCAGCCUUUUGAUGAGUUUAAGGAUCAAUUGGUCAGUGAUCUGUCGGCAAUGAUAAAAUAUUCUAUUGUUGAUGAGCCAGUACAGCAUGGAGUGGCUAUAGUGGCUGAUACUGAUACACUCACCUGUAAGAUAGUGGCUGUAUCGAAAAGCCAAAGAACAAACGAUGGUGAAGUAUUGAUUGGAACUGCACGUCCGUCAUAUUCCGUACAACAACUAAUUCACUCUGUGUCUACACUAUGGGACAUGCAACUCCCUCCUGAAUUUUGCCUGUCUAGUAUGGAGGAUGGAUUAAUGGCUUUAAAUGAGCAGGGACAAAUGAUGUCUGCUGGUCUACUGGAGGAAGGACGAAUUAGUGACUUAUCUACAUCUUUGAAGAAGCUCCAUAGCUCCCUCAAUACUGAUAUUAGUGAUCAUUCAUUGCUUCAAGCACUGGCUGGUGUUCAUGUUAGCAGCUCUGAUCCAACCAUAUCAAAGGAGCUCCAGUUUCAUUGCCUUCAUUCUCUUAUUAAAUAAAAGAAAACAUAGUCUAGGAAUUAAGCACACAUUGUGCAUGCAGUCAAGAGAAGAUGUAUAUUCUAACUGAAUGAUGCAUGCACACACUUCACUUCACUCCUGCUUUUUAAUUUAUAUUCACGUUCAUUCAUUCAUCCUCAGUUUAGGGUCUCUAUCUCAGUCCUGUUAUUAUUAUUAUUAUUAUUAUUUAAUUAUUAUUAUUAUUUUUGUUCUCUUUUUGAUGUUUUUUAAAUUUUAUUAUAACAUUAAGAGUUAAGUGUAGGGUUGGUAUUACGUAACGACACGCCCUUGUUAUGUAACGAAUUUCCCUGCACUUGUUAAAUUACGGGAUUUUACAGGGCUUGACAUUAAUGACAGGUCAAGAGGUUGAAAUCAGUGAAAAGAUGCCCAAAGCACUUGAAGCUGUUUUUGCAGGAGAGAAAUCUUUGAGUAGCUACGUCGAGGAAGAAUGCAAGAAACACAGUAUAGACCACGAGGCAGUGUCUAAAGAAAUGGAAGAAAUGAAAAUGAAUCCGGAGCCUGAAGUUGAUUUUCAUGAAGAGCUCAAGUUUUCUGUCAAACCAUCGCUUGCAACAUCAAAGAAAGCCUACCAGGUGCUACUGGGUGGACUGGCUCAUGAUGAUUUCAACGAAUAUUGCAGCAUUGGACUCGUCCCGUACCAGGGAGAGAAGCAUCACAGCACUACAGCUAAUCCUCUUCACUUCUUUGACUACAAUGCAUUGAUUGAUGACUGGAUGAUGUCUACAGACCCACAGGAACAAGUCAAGCCUGAUGAAGAGGACAAAUAAAACAAACCAGUUCAUUCGUAAUACUCAUUUCAUUAGUUAUGCAAAACAUCAUGUGUAUCCUAAUAUUUCCAAUCAUGGAAUGUUUUAAUUGUCAUGAGUAAUCUUCAUAGACACUAUAGCACAA